CAAAUAAAACUCCAUUUGUAACUUUUUUUAUUGAAACCGGUUUUAAAGUCGUUAAAUACAUUAUUUCACGCUGUACACUCUGCAGCAACAUAGAUGCCCUACUGGUAAAAAUAGACUGUACUGGACAAAAAUUACAAAGGGCCGGAAAACUGCUAGGGGUAGGAAACUGCUAGGAAACCAGUAAAACCAAUUGACUGUUAAUAACAGGAACAGAUGACUGACGGGCUCCAGUAUGUUUAUAUCAAGGAUAUUAAACCGGCACAGAAAAACCUUAACGUGAUCUUUAUCAUUUUGGAAAUCGGUGCACCUACACGGACAAAAGACAACCACACUGUAAGAUCAUGUAAAGUGGCUGAUAAGACAGGAAGUAUUAAUAUAUCAAUAUGGGAUGAUAUAGGGGAGAUGAUCCUGACUGGGGAUAUUUGCCGUCUUGUGAAGGGGUACACAAAUAUAUUUAAGAACUGUUUGACAUUGUAUGCAGGGAAAAAUGGAGGCAUCAACAAGAUUGGAGAAUUCUGUAUGCAGUUUUCUGAAAUGCCAAACAUGAGUGAGCCAAAUCCUGAGUAUGCUCAACAACAAGCCGCUGCCAAAGAACAACAACAACAACAACAAGCCAAUCAAAGGAAGUCUCCCACAGAACUUGACAGCAAUCAGGCUCAAAGUACCAUGGCAGGUCUGAACAACCCAGGUGGGCGUGGCUCUCCCCCUGUGAGGAACUCCACCCCUCAGGGUCAAAGGCAGAUGGGCAAUGGUCAAAACUUCAACUCAAACAGACAACAAAGACCUCAAGGUCAGACAGGUCAAGGUCAAAGGCCAAACUAUGGUCAGAACUCAAACAGAGGUCAACAGCAGUUUCAAGGGACAGCUGGGGUUGCUGCGAGAAACCCAAAUCAGGGUCAAGGUCAGAAUAGAGGUCAACAACCAGGUCAAGUUCAAGGUCAAAAUCAACAAAAUAGAACAAGGAGAUAGCAUGAUUAUUGAACAGCAAUCAGUUGGUUAAAUUCUUAAUGUGGAAGGAAAUAUUGUAUGGUGCUGUAUACAUGUAUUUGAAUGUGGAAAGUGAAUAAUGAGCAUAAUACUUCAAUUAAUGACCCACCUUUAUCAAAGAUUUGUGUACAUGUUGUAGAAUCCUUAAAUGUGUAAUGGAGAAGAUGUCUUAGUUGGGUUAUAGCAUUUAAGAGUAUUGAUGAUAUUUGAUGAAGUUGAAUGCCUGUUACUUCGUCUGUCCACUGCGUAGGCAUAUUUACAACAGACAUCUUAAGUGAGAACAGUGUUAUACAAGUUUGCCAAAACAAAAACAUGUGGUGCAUUUGGUAAGAAGAAUAAAAA